AUGACUGAUGUGGAGGACUAUAAAUGUGAAUCCGGAUCAUAUAUAACGCAAAUCACGUACAACGACACCAUAACCAAACCAUUUGCGUGCUAUGCGUACGCGGGAUUCACAAACAACGUUACGUUCAAUGGCCAUAAGGGGGACAUAUCGGUGCCGUUAUGGUCGCCACAACAUCAGGGAAUUUAUAGCACUAACGAUGGCAACUUUGAGUACAUGGAGUGCGGAGUGCUAUCUGGCGGCCCGUGCGAUGGCGAUGCCAUUUGGGACACCGGCUUAUGGAUGGCCACCGACCAGAACGGGUGCGGCAGUAGUACCGGCCUUAAGGGUCUAAAGGGAUUGUACGCAAGCUUUGAGAUCGUGGGCAAAUGUGCCUCCAAAUGUACCAUGGUCAGCGUGGACUUUACAUUCAGUAAGCCCUUAACCAACAAAGGGCUGGCUAUGUAAUGGUUGUGACAUUGCUAUUAUAAUAUUAC